CCCAAACGAAAACAUUGAACAAAUAAUAAUGAUGUGAAUAUGAAUAGCACUUCAAUGCACCAGCACCAAUAUAAUGAAUCAGACGAAUAAAACAGCCAUGUAACGGCUUGACAGUCAUAAUACAACGGCCGAGUAGCGGCGGCAACAGCAAUAGUAGCAGCGACAGCACCAGCAGCAAUCGCCACAAAGAAAAUCAAGAGAGCAAAGAAGAAAGAAAUCGUCAACGAACACCAAAAAAGCAAACAUAAACAAAAACGAACAGACUCAAAAGAAGAAAAAAAGCGCACAAAAGUGGGGUUCAUUUUUGGUCGAUUUCUACAAAAAGCCCCUCUUUGUUAGCAACUCGAUCAUUUCUUCGUUUAAAGUGAAAGGAGAAGUUACAGCAACAACAAAACGACCGAAUCAAUAAAGAAAUAAAACACGCUAGGAAUAUAUAAUCUCGGUAGCGUAGAGAAAAAAAGAAGAAGAAAAAGAAAAAAAGAAGCCGACGACGUCGACGACGACAGUGAAUAAGAAGAAGUUGAAGGAGAGAAAGAGUGAGAGAGAGAGAGAAGAAAGAAAGAAUAAGGUUUUAUUUUUCAAUGAAAAGUGAAAGUUUUCAAAAGAUGAUGCUUCGUUACAUGAUCGUGUUCGGACUCGUGUCGUUAGCGUUAGCACAAUCAGCAGCUAACACAAACAAAUCCAUAAAAAAGCCAUUGGAAACCAAAUAUAUGAAAUCAGCGUCGUCAAUUGAUUUGAAAAAGCAACAAUUUCAGUCGACAAAGGAACGGCCCGAAUUGAAUCCCGUAUUAAGUGCGUUGAUUAACGAAGAUAUAAAGAAAUCAAUUGAUGCGAAACGCCAUGCCGAAUACGAUUUAAGUCCAUUAUCGGAACCAUCGAAGGUGGCGGUCGAGCUCACAACAGCAGCUCCUGUUCAAACAACCGUUAAGUAUAUACCCAAAGCUCUAGACGACUCGGUUGUUGUGGACUCAAUUGCUGGAUCGAGCUCCGAAAAAAAACAGACGUCACGAAUCGAAGUUAAAAAAGGACCAAAUGGUGUCGACUACGAGUACGAGUAUGUAUACUAUUACUAUGAUGAUGACGAUAAGGACAGCAGCAAGAAAUCAACAGCAGUUUCCGAUGAUAAAUCGAUUGUGAGCCAAAAUGGUGGCAAAAAUCGAUACGACAAAAUCAGCACGACACCAAAACCAAACUUCGAUCGAAAUGAAUUGCCAACAUCACGCGGCAAAGGGCGUCAAUCAAUUCCAGUAGUUGAAGAAACGAGCGAAGAGCGAUUGCCUGUAAAUACACGAUUCCCACCGCGAAGCGCUGUCACACCAACCGUCCAAGUACUCAGCAAUGUGGAUGAAACGACGAAAAAGAUAAGCAUCAAACGCCCCAGCUUGGAAUUAGUUGACAGCCAGUCGUUUAAUCGCGGGGAGAAAGGACAAUCAAAGGGAUCACGUGUUUUAGAAAACGAAUUUGCAAAAGCAAACGAUGUAAAAACAAACGAAAAUCCCACCAUCAUUCCAAGUGUAACCGAAUUAGCGUCACAAAGUGCCGGAUUGAAUGAUGUGACCACAGUAGCUAGCGACAGCGAAGAAUCGACCACACAAAUUAUGGACAAAGUCGCAUUGGAUUUGUACGCACAUUUGGUUAACGAAAAUUCAAACAUUGACUUAAGCACAGGCGUCACACUUUUCGAGGAGACAAGUACAUCAGACAGCCUGUCAACGAGCACCGAGGAAUUCACAACAAUUGAAGCAUUGACAACAACAACCACCACUUCAACUACCGAAGCACCAACAACGACUACCACAACCACAACUACCGAAGCACCGGCUCUUAUUAACGGUCGUCGCCCAGCAUUCGGUGCAGGUCGGAGAGCUCCAUUGAAAAGCCGAUCAAAACCAACCGAAACGAAAGCCAGCGUGGAAGAACCACCCAAAGAAAGCUCAUCAUCGGAAACCACAUCGGCUCAAACCAAACCGAAAAAUCGAUUCUCACGCCCAUCGUUCAGUGCUCGAUCACGUCCAACGCCCACCGUUGCCGCUUCAACCACUUCUGUCGAAGAAGAAGCAGUAAAACAAACCACCAAACCUGUUGCAGCUGCCCCAGCACCGCGAGGCAGAACACGCAACCGUUUCAACCUUCGAUCAUCGACCACUGCUCCAGUUGUAUCGGAGGAAAAGAAUCCAGACGAGAACGCUAUCGAUACAUCAACACAAAUUACAUCAACACAACGACCAUUGCGUACACGACCAACCUUCAAUUUGCGUGGUAGAUCACGAGCCGCACCCUCAAGCACGGCUGCUCCAUCGGCCGAAGGAAACACUGAACCGGUCAUUGCCGAUGCGAAAUUGGAAAGCGAAGAAAAACCAUCAACAGCAGCACCAUUGAAACCAUCUUCUCGUUUCAAUCUUAGACGGCCAAAUCAAUUGCUAUCGCCACGUGGCCGAGUAUCACCAUUGGCCAAAACACCCGCUCCAUCGGCUGAACAAUCGGCUGAAACGAGCAGUAGCUCAACCGAAUCGACAGUCGCAAGUACAACAGCUGCUGAUUUGAGCAAAGAAUCUCCCGCCGAUGCUGAAUCAGAGCAAAUUGCCGCUGAGCCAUCAACUACCCCACAAACUGGACUCAAUCGUCUACGUAAUCGGCCACGUAUUCAAAUCCAACCAAAAGCCCCAAGCGCAAACAAACAACCAACAGCUGCAUCAUACAUUAAUGCCAAUCGAAAAGUAAACCCAUUAAUUUCACGUCGAAAGAUUGGCUCAUCAACAACGACAGAAGAAACGCCGGCGACGGAAAUCAACGAAACGUCCGAAGAAGUAAAGGACCCACAAAGUGAGUCGAAAGAGCCAAGUAGCUCAGAAAAUGAAGGAAAUGCCAAAGAAGAGGCAGCACCUGCUUUAGUUGAAGCAUCUUCCGAAGCACCUCGAGGCUUAGGUCUAUUAGCAAAUAGAAGAAGACUGGCAGUACGUCGACCUGGUACAAUACUCUAAUUUAAGUUGAAUUUUAGUUAACAAAAGCAAUUUAACUAGAAUAGUAACGAUUUUAUGUGUAACGUAUUGAAUGAAUAAAUCGUCGAAGGUAAAACAACAAGAACAACAACAGCAAUUACAACAACAAUGAGCAGAGUAAAGAUGGCAAAACCAUUUUGUGCAUAUGAAGCGAGUGAAUGAAAUCAAACUGAUGUGAACUAUUGUGAUUUAAUUGAAGCAAAUAGACAGAAAUCCCAUGGAAGAGAGAGAGAGAGACACACCAAUUUCAAAUAAUACUCAACCCGUUUAAUUCUUGAUAUUUGUAUCGAACCAUUGACGUUGACUAAAAUAAACAGAACAACAACAACAGCAUUGAAAACCUUAUUUUAAAAAGUAUAUUUUGUUUUAAAUUGUGCCACGAUUCUAGCUAAAAUUAUAAUAAAGGAGUGAAAUAAACAACAACAAAAAAACA